CUUUUUAUACGAAGAAACUUUUACAGAAUUGUGUUCUGUAAUGGAAAAGUAAAUUAAACGUUAUUUAAAUUAGAAGAUUAUUUUCCAUUAUUCAGACGUGAUAUGCGAGAUCCGAGAAUUAAAGCUUGAACAUUGCUCUGGUUAAUGGUUCUGCCUCUACCAAAGAGACUCUUGUUUUAUCCAUCGAACUCGAUUUUCACUUACUUUACGUGAUUUGAAUGGAAGCAUCAAUAUAAUACAAAAAAAUGGCAGACAAUGAAGACUUGUUAGACUACGAGGAUGAUGAGCAAACCGAACAAGUGGUAGAUGGUAGCGGAGACAUAUCUGCAAAAAAAGAAGUCAAAGGUACAUAUGUAUCGAUUCAUAGCAGCGGGUUUCGUGAUUUCCUCCUCAAACCAGAGAUACUUCGUGCCAUUGUCGACUGUGGUUUUGAGCAUCCAUCCGAAGUGCAACAUGAAUGCAUCCCACAAGCAGUUCUGGGCAUGGACAUCCUUUGCCAAGCCAAGUCUGGUAUGGGAAAGACUGCUGUUUUUGUGCUCGCAACUUUACAACAGUUGGAACUAACGGAGAAUGUGGUUUACGUUUUGGUCAUGUGUCACACCCGUGAAUUGGCUUUUCAAAUCAGCAAGGAGUACGAGAGAUUCAGUAAAUACAUGCCAGCUGUCAAGGUGGGUGUUUUCUUUGGAGGAUUACCGAUACAAAAAGAUGAAGAGGUACUAAAAAAUACUUGUCCUCAUAUCGUGGUGGGAACACCUGGUCGAAUUCUCGCACUUGUGCGCAACAAGAAACUCAAUCUGAAACACCUGAAACACUUCGUUUUAGACGAGUGCGAUAAGAUGCUGGAAUUACUCGAUAUGCGGCGUGACGUUCAAGAGAUAUUCAGGAGCACUCCGCACGGCAAACAAGUGAUGAUGUUCAGCGCAACCCUGUCCAAGGAUAUACGUCCAGUCUGCAAGAAGUUCAUGCAAGAUCCGAUGGAGGUGUAUGUGGACGACGAGGCCAAACUCACUUUACACGGUCUACAACAGCAUUAUGUCAAGCUGAAGGAGAAUGAGAAGAAUAAGAAAUUGUUUGAACUGUUGGAUGUUCUAGAGUUUAAUCAGGUUGUGAUAUUCGUGAAAUCCGUGCAAAGAUGCAUGGCCCUGGCUCAAUUGCUGACAGAGCAAAACUUUCCAGCAAUUGGUAUUCAUCGAGGAAUGACCCAGGAGGAACGGCUUUCAAGAUAUCAACAAUUCAAAGAUUUUCAAAAGCGUAUCUUGGUUGCUACAAAUUUAUUUGGUCGUGGGAUGGAUAUUGAAAGAGUCAACAUAGUUUUCAACUACGAUAUGCCUGAAGACUCCGACACUUACCUUCACAGGGUAGCUCGUGCAGGACGAUUUGGUACAAAAGGUCUUGCUAUUACAUUAGUCAGCGAUGAAGGAGAUGCAAAAAUUUUGAACGACGUUCAAGAAAGAUUCGACGUCAACAUCACUGAACUUCCGGAUGAAAUUGAUCUCGCCUCAUACAUUGAAGGACGAUAAAGGAGCGGUUCUUGUCAUCAGCUUCACUUUGGCUGAUGGUUAAUCUUUUGAUUUGUGCGACGGACCACUCCAGUGAAUACCUACCUAUCCACAAUACCUCGAACCUGCUGUUCAGCAUGUGUUAACGUAUUAACUGGCCGCGGUAUGCUCCCGCAUUUUCAAAAAACGACAAAUCCAAUGACUGUUGCCGCUGCCAUUGUACUGACAACGACAUCAUCUUGUACUGCACAGUGAUAUUCGCAAGUUGUUGAAUUGAGAUUCUUUUUGGUGAUAUAAAAUAUUUUCUGUAUUUAAAUGAAGUCGCGAUCACCGAACAAUUGACGAUUUUUAUUUACGAUGCACAUGGAUACUUCGCGGAUAACCAGAGACAAAAAGUAUGAUAUUUUCAGUGUUGUGUUGCGAACUUCGUCGAACUAUAAUUCACUUGUUUGAUUACUACAAUAAAUAUGAAACUGUCGCUGAACGAUGUUUACUACUGUAUUUUAUUCCAAGCUUGUGUGUCGACUGUAUUGUACAGUGCUCAUACACACACGAACAGCACUAUAAAUACGUGUAAUAUAGGCCUGCAUUCGCAUUAGUGAUGCAAAGGCGAUCUCGAACAAUCUUGUAUCUAGAAAUAAGCAAAGUAAAUAAAACAACUUUUUAGUACAAAAA